AUGUCAGCAGAGAAACCAGUCUGUGCUUCUAUCGAGUGUAAAAACGAAGCCCAUUUGCAAUGUCCCACUUGUGUCAAGUUGGGCAAGAAUGAGGGCUCCUUCUUUUGUUCUCAAGAUUGUUUCAAAAAGAGUUGGGGAUCGCAUAAAGCAGUUCAUGGAAACACAAAGUCUCCCUAUGAUCCUUUCAAGACAUUCAAGUACACCGGCCCUCUUCGUGCUGUGUAUCCUCUCUCUCCUCGUCGUCAAGUACCUGCCGAGAUUGCUAGACCUGAUUAUUCAGAGACUGGUAUCUCCAAGUCUGAAUACAUGGCCAGAAGCUCUGACAUCAAGGUGUGCAAUGCUGAAGAAAUCGAAGGUAUCAGAAAGGCCUGUGCUAUCACCCGUGAGGUACUUGAAAUUGCUGCUAAUUCUAUCCGUGUUGGUAUGACAACUGAUGAGCUUGAUGCUAUCGUUCAUGAAGCUACUAUUAAGCGCGGUGCUUAUCCUUCUCCAUUAAACUACAACUACUUUCCCAAGUCUUGUUGCACAUCUUUGAACGAAGUCAUUUGCCACGGUAUUCCUGAUCAAAGACCUUUGGAAGAUGGCGAUAUCCUCAACAUUGAUAUCAGUUGUUUCUACAAUGGUUUCCAUGGUGAUACCAAUGGUACUUACUUUGUCGGUAAUGUCGAUGAAGCUGGCAAAAAAUUAGUCAACGUUACCCGUGAAUGUUUGGAGAAGGCCAUCGCUCUUGUCAAGCCUGGUAUGAGAUAUCGUGAUUUCGGUAAGGUCAUUGAAGAACAUGCCACCAAGAACGGCUUCUCUGUUGUUCGCGCUUUUGUUGGCCACGGUAUAAACCAAAUGUUCCACUGUGCUCCUAAUGUUCCUCAUUACGCCAACAACAAGGCUAUUGGUGUUUGUAAGCCUGGCCAUGUAUUCACAAUCGAACCUAUGAUUUGUGAAGGCGUUCAUCAAGAGCUUUUGUGGCCUGAUGGCUGGACCGCUACCACCAAGGAUGGCAAACGUUCUGCUCAAUUUGAGCAUACUCUUCUUGUCACAGAGGAUGGUGUUGAAAUCUUGACCUAA